UAGCUCACCCUAACUGCCAGCAGCAGCUGCUCACCAUGUGGUAUGAAAACCUCUCAGGCUUACGACAGCAAUCCAUAGCUGUGAAGUUCCUGGCUGUCUUUGGGGUUUCCAUAGGCCUGCCCUUCCUUGCCAUAGCCUACUGGAUUGCUCCCUGCAGCAAGUUGGGACGGACCCUCCGAAGUCCUUUCAUGAAGUUUGUGGCACACGCUGUUUCUUUCACAAUCUUCCUUGGACUGUUAGUAGUGAAUGCUUCAGAUCGGUUUGAAGGAGUAAAAAAUCUUCCCAACGAAACCAUCACAGAUCAUCCCAAACAAAUAUUUAGAGUCAAAACAACUCAGUUCUCGUGGACAGAAUUGCUGAUCAUGAAGUGGGUAUUGGGUAAGCAAAAACAAAUAAUUUAAAGUCCUUGAGGGAAAUUAAACUUAACUAACAUAGCAUGGUAGGCAGGGAUAUCCCAAAGAGGGGGAAGGGGGAAUAAUUUUUUAAAAAAGGUGAAGUUAAAUUUCAAGCUGAUUAAGGUAUUCUGAUUGAUUAAAACAUAAUCAGAAAAGACUUUUAUUCUGGUUUUGAAAACAUUGAGUGAUUCUCAGCAAAUUCCAACUUUGCUGUUUUUUCCAUUUUUGGGGGUAAUUUCCGGAAGGUGUGUGUUUGCUGUGGUUUCUUUAAUCACUGAAUCUUAAAGAAUGUAGUAUUCUGUGCAGUCACAGUAACUUACAGCUUCUCUGAGUGGGAAAAAAGUGUGUCCUUUGGGACAUGAACAACCAGUCUCUUUUAUUACCUUGCUAUGGCAUCCUGUUAUAACUCACAGGACCUCAGUUACCUCAUCUGUAAAAUGCGUGUAUGUUGCUGUUUGCUUCUUGGAAAAGAACUCUGAGAUCAAGUGAUGAAAGUUGUUGGAUAAAUAAG